AUGCCCCUAGACACUAUCUAUUUAACCAGACAUGGCCUUCGUCUGAACUGGUCCAUAGAUCUAUCUACAGGGACUUACCAUGCCCAUUACCCUACUCCAACCGGAAUACCUGUCGAUCCGACGCUGACUGGGCCCGGCGUGAGGCAGUCGCAUGAACUUGCAUCGUAUGUGAGCAGCGCCGAGUUCCAGCCAAAGCCGUGCAGGAUAUACAGCAGUCCGUUCUACCGCUGUUUACAGACUAUACAGCCGACAGUACAGGCGCUGAGGGUGCUGGAGAAGAAGGGGAAUGCUGAUUUGCGUGUGCGGGUAGAGAAUGGCCUUGGGGAAUGGUUUGGACACUCAUCCUCGUUUACACACCCUUCACCGGCAUCAGUUAACGACCUGGACCCUCUAUUCCCGUCGCUUAUCGACACAUCGUAUACCGCCCACGUAUACCCCAACCCGAGCGGGGAGACAAUUGCUCAACUUCAUGACCGAAUUGCAACCGCUCUGAACGCCAUAGUAGCGGAUGUAGACCGUGAGAUACAAGAAUACGAACGAACGCACCCGGAGUCCGUUGGGAAAAGCCAUGCGAUUAUCAUAUGUGGACAUGCGGCGCCAUUGAUCGCUAUGGGGCGAGCGUUGACGGGGAAUAUGCCCGAGGAUUCGUCUACGGAUGACUUUAAGGUGUUUACGGCGGGAAUGAGUACGUUUAAGAGACGUGCACUGGGAGAUAGGGGUCUCGAUGAACCCGGCUCGGUUUCCGGCAGGGCGGCGCCUAUCUGGCGCGGUGGUAAGGGCAUUAGAGGCGGUUGGGAUUGUGUAGUGAAUGGGGAGUGCAGGUAUCUAAGUAAUGGGGCCGAACGGGGAUGGCACUUUCAUGGCGAAGAGGAUUUUAAUUCAAUGCCUUCUUCAGGGGUGGUAGAGGACUCCGGGUCGAGGAAUGAUAUUUCCAGCGCAUCGACCAAGCUUUGA